AUGCAGCUUACAGAACAAUAUCCUCAAGUGUGUGAACUGACGGAACUCACGUCUCUUGCAAUUACAGAAUGUGAUUUGCUUGACGAGGUAGGAGAUGGGCUUAUUUCAGACCCUGAGAAGUGCAGCCAGACAUUCAAACCUGACGAUCAUAUUGGAAAACGCUUCAUUUGCGCAGAAAAUGGAGAAGAGAUAUCAAUAACUACCGCCGCUGUCAAUAUUGCACAGGCGCUCUGGACAGGGCCAAAGUAUUCUAAUGGAGACUUCAUGUGGUACGGGGUGGAGAUUGGAACGGAUUUGUCGGCACUUGCAGGAUCAAAUUGUACCCAGAAUGGAAUAUGUGUCCCGGACGCACGAGCUACCUUAGAAGAAUGGUGGCGAUAUUGGAUCUUGAAAGAUCCUUCGGCAGAUCUCCCGAUCUUGACACAUGCACAAUUUUGA